AUUUCAGUAUGCUGAAAAGGUUUUAGGUGAUAUACAGACACACUGUGUUAAAGAAAAAAGCAUUUCAAACAUUCGCAUUUUGCUUCUGGGGUCGGUAGGAGCUGGAAAAUCAUCAUUUCUUAACACAGUAGCAUCUAUUGAUAGAGAAAGAAUAUCACAGAUAACCCUUGCAGGAGGAGCUGAUGGCAGUUUGACUUUUGCGCUGAAAGAAUAUCGGCCACAAUACAAACUUAAAAACUUCAGAAUAUUAGAUACAAUGGGCGUGGAGGACAAUGAUCAAGGAGGACUCAAUCUUAAUGAUGUUCUGUAUCUUGUCAAGGGUCACAUUCCACCCGAUUAUAAGUUUAAUCCUGCCACACCAAUUGAUGAAAGAAGCCCAGAGUUCAGGCCAGAGCCAAAAGAUAACGAGAAAAUUCAUUGCGUGGUUUUUGUAUUAGAUGCAACUGUCGCCGGUAAUGACAAUAUUUCGGAUGCGAGAAGAAGAAAAAUAAAAGAACUACUAACUGCGUUAAAGGCUUUCAAUAUCCCACGGAUAGUGUUAUUAACAAAGAUCGAUGUACUCUGUGAAUUUGUUGAUGCAGAUAUAGAGAAUACUUACAAAAGUGAAAAAGUUAAAGAGGCUGUAAAUGUGGCGAAGGAACUGUACAAGCUUCCGGAGAACUGUGUUUUUCCCGUUAGAAACUAUGAACGUGAGGUUGAGGCAGACUAUAAGAAAGAGAUACUGCAUCUUCUGGCUCUAAAGCAAAUGUUUAACUUUGGAGCGAUUUUCCAAACCGUAUGUCGGUUCAUAAAGACGCCUGAUGUCGGGACGGUGAAGGCACGUCUACAAGAUAAUGUGGUGUAA